UGAAUACGAAAUCUGGUUUAAUUGGGAUCAACCUUAAUAAACAAAUCGAAGAAAUAAUAACCAUAGUGAGCGAAUAACAAACGAAACAAUUGAAUUAAGUCGACUGGAUGUUUAACAAAACGUAGAGUGAAUUGAAGUCUGUUCAAUGAACCCGAAAACACUGUGUUAUCGACACGUGCGGAUUUUCACGAUGUACCUUGUGUAGUGGCUGUGAUGUAGUGAUUUCACCAAACACCACUAAGACCCGGGUUCCAACCUGACAAGCCACUCAUAAGACGCAGGUGUCAGAUCCAACUGACACACACGUGACAAUGAAUUCCUCCGGGUUUUCUGAUCCUUCCUACACAGAGAUCCCCACCGCCGAGGUCAUGGGCACCAACAACAACGACACCAGUAAACAGAACGGUCAACUAGACAACCAAAGCGGGACAACACUGGACAUGGACGUCAAGGUGCCGACCUUGACCUAUAAGCUGACCGACACACCGCCUGUUGUCGUGACACUAAUGGCAGCACUGCAGCACAUCCUCCUGAGUGUGUCCGGCUGUCUAGUGACGUCAGCCAUAGUCUCCGACGUAGCCUGUAUACCGUUCGACCAUUUCAUGAGGUCGGAGCUCUUCUGUACGACCAUGUUUAUGGUGGGCUUCUGCACCUUGCUGCAGACGUUCUUUGGCGUCAGAUUGCCAAUAUUUCAAGGCCCGUCCUCGUCCUUUGUGGUGCCACUGUUAGCAUUGUCACGUGACCCAAGCUGGAUGUGUCCUAAGGCAGGUCCUAACGUACUGUUGGGUAACUCGACGAAUGGGACCAACAUUACCACAGGACAAGUGGAGGAGGACACGAUCAGUGGGAUUAGGUGGAGACUUCAAGAGAUGUCUGGGGCGCUGAUGCUGGCCUCAGUGUUUGAGAUCUCUCUUGGAGCCUUCGGACUUCUGGGCGUGCUGCUAAAGUACAUCGGCCCCAUCACCAUAGCCAACACCAUCUCACUCAUUGGGGUCUCUCUCUACCGUCUGCCCAUCAUCUACGGCAGACCGAACUUCAUCAUCGCCUUAAGCUGUGCGAUCCUAGUACUCAUCUUCAUCCUGUACUUCAACAAGAUCGGCAUCCCGAUGCCGAGGAUAGGAAAGGAAAACAAAAACAAACCCAGGUCCAAAUUUAAGAUCUUCCAACUGAUACCUAUUCUCUUGGCUGUAAUCAUCGUGUGGAUAGUCACGGCUAUUCUUACGGCUUGUGACGUCUUCACAGACAACAGGGAGGACGUCGGCUACAUGGCCAGAGCUGAUGCCAAGCUGGACAUCAUCUACACCUCAAGCUGGCUGCACGUCACUUACCCAGGCCAGUUUGGCGUCCCGAAACUCAGCUUGGCCUUGACCCUGGGGUUCCUGGUAGCCUGCCUGUCCUCGGUGGUCGAGUCGGUAGGCGACUACUACGCUGCCCAGAAGGCGUGCGAGAUCCCCAGCAUCCCAGACUCCGCCAUCUCCCGGGGGAUCCUGAUGGAGGGGAUCGGUAGCAUCAUCUCAGGGGCUGUGGGGGCCGGGCAUGCCACGACCUCCUACAGCGGCAAUAUCGCCCUCCUCACGUUAUCCAAGACGGGAAGUCGCUCAGUGAUGUAUGCUGCUGGGUUCAUCAUUCUCAUCGUCUCUUUCAUCGGUAAAGCUGGGGCCGCGCUGACGACCAUCCCAAAUCCCAUUCUGGGUGGUGUCAUGCUGGUGAUUAUAUCCACACUUUUAUCCAUUGGAUUGGCCAACCUGAAGUAUGUGGAUAUGACGACGUCAAGAAAUCUUCUAGUGUUUGGUCUGCCUUUCAUGGCUGGCAUUGUGGUGCCUGCUGGGAUAGAGAUGCAUCCGUCGUUAAUGAAAACAGGUUCUGAUGAUGCAGAUAGAAUAAUCUACGUGAUAUUUGGAACACCAAUGUUUUUAGGUGGAAUUUUGGCUUUAAUUCUAGACAACACAGUACCUGGCACUCCCGAGUCACGUGGGAUGACCACGUGGACCUCCCACGCCGACCUCGGCAAGAGCACAUCAUCAGCAGACGUGGAGCAGCUCUUCAGCUGGUCCUGGUACCCGCGUCUGCUCAAGGUCGCUCCCUUCCUCCCCAAGAUUCCCUUCAUGCCAAAAAAAGUUUGUGAAAAUAAACUGUUCGCCAACUGCUCAGGAGAGGACCUAGAGCUACACACGUAGCUGGGGCUACACACGUAGCCUGAGCUACACUUAGAUGGGGCUACACAUAUACCUGGGCUACACUUUACUGAGUCAAUUGGAGGUUUUGUUUUCGGCUGGUUUUCUUGGAGGUUGUGUGCAACUAUCGGCGAAUCUGUGUUCAUUGUGAACCAGAGGUGUUGUUGAUGUCAGUUGAUGUCAGUUGAUGUCAGUUGAUGUCAGCUGAUGUCACUUGAAGUCACUUGACGUCAUUUAAUGUAACUUAAUGUCAUUGUUUAGAAAAGUUUUUUGGAGUUAGAGACUUGUCAAAUUUGUCUAACUUUUCAUCAACUUUUGUCUCAUAUAUUCUUCAAUGAAAACUCAAGAGCAUUGUUGUAUUUAAUUAGUAUCUUAAAAAAAAGUCCAGAGACUUUGUUAGUUAAUUAAGCCAACCACGAAGCAGUUUAUUGCUAAUGAGAAACCAACUAUAAAAUCUCUGUGUUGAGCUGAUAUAUUUAAAAUGUGAUAGUGAUUAUAUAUUUUAGUAAAAGAUAAAAAAAAACAAUCUGAGAACCCAAACUACACGAACGUGCCUUCGUCAAAAGCUGGAACAUAACUUGAGACAGAUGUUAUCUUGGGGGUCAAAGGGUGGGGUGGGGGACGGUCUAGUUUAGUUUUUCCAACAUCACAAGCCUAUAUCUGAGACGAAAAGAAAAUGACCUGGUUCAUUGGUCUCUGGAUAGUUCCCAUCGCUAGCUUGCGUGUAGCUUACAUUUAUUAUUAUGUUAUGUGUGAACCCAUUCUCCGAACAGCCAAUGGUGGUUGCCACGAAGAGUAGAACUCAGUAAGAUCAACGAUAUUAAGUCUUGCCACUAGGAAUAGAACUCGAUAAUAUCACUGAUAUUAAGUCUUGUAUAACGCACUUCUACCAGCAGUUUCAAAAAUAACUUAGGACCCCCCCCCCCCC